CAUGCUAAGCUUGAAGAGCUCCUUGAUCCUCGUGGCCUAUGUCUUUAUCUUUCUCACCGGUCUCCCUGCCAACCUCCUGGCCCUUCGUGCCUUCCUGGGGCGAGUCCGCCAGCCCCAGCGUGCACCGAUCCACAUUCUCUUGCUCAGCCUGACACUGGCAGACCUCCUGCUGCUGCUGCUGCUGCCCUUCAAGAUCAUCGAGGCCGCAUAUGAAUUCAAGUGGAAACUGCCUGAGAUAAUCUGUGCCAUCACAGGUUUCGGCUUCUACAGCAGCAUCUACUGGAGCACAUGGCUCCUUGCGGGCAUCAGCAUCGAGCGCUACCUGGGAGUGGCUUUCCCCGUGCAGUACAAGCUGUCCCGCCGGCCUUUGUAUGGAGUGAUUGCUGCUCUGAUCUCCUGGAUCAUGUCCUUUGGUCACUGCACCAUCGUCAUCAUCGUCCAGUACUGGAACACAACCCAGGAGGCCACAAAUAAGGAUGAAAUUACCUGCUACGACAACUUCAACAAAGGCCAGCUGGCCUUGGUGCUUCCUGUGCGACUGGAGCUGUGCCUUGUCCUCUUCCUUAUCCCCAUGGCGGUCACCAUCUUCUGCUACUGGCGCUUUGUGUGGAUCAUGCUCACUCAGCCCCAUGUGGGGGCCCAGAGGCGGCGCCGAGCUGUGGGGCUGGCUAUCGUGACACUCCUUAAUUUCCUGGUGUGCUUCGGUCCUUAUAACGUAUCCCACCUGGUGGGGUUUUACACGAAGAAAAGCCCCCAGUGGCGAGCGGAAGCUGUGGUAUUCAGUUCCCUCAAUGCCAGCCUGGAUCCCCUGCUUUUCUAUUUCUCUUCGUCGGAUGUGCGCAGAGCCUUUGGCAAAGGGCUUCAGAUACUGCGGCAUCGGAGCUCCACCCUGUCGGGACGCAAAGGCAGAGAGAUAGCGGAGAUGACGAAUGGGGAUAAGGGUGCGAGUCAAGUAGAGGGAGCAGCGAGCUCUGACUUUACAACAGACUAGGGAGGUCUCUGCACCUUUGGAGGCCCUCGCGGCCAUGUAUGAGUUGAGCAGGCUGGGAGAGGGACAGCAUGAGGGUUCCUGUUCCAGAUUCAGCAAUCCACUACUGGGACUGUAAAAAUUUCUCUCAUCAGUUUGGUAUCCCUUUCUGACUGAAUUUUCCUUCCCAAUGGAACACGGCUCCGUAACAAAAGAAGAAAUGGUUAGGCAUAGAAGCACUAUCAGACCAAGUUUCAGAAGCCAUGUAGCUAACACGAAUUCAGUCCUUAUGAGGUGAUCGGUAGCUGGAAAUGACCAGGCCAAAGCAGAGAGUCCUAAAACAAUCUUACCAUAAGCUUUGAAACAAUUUCUAGACACUGUUCUAGCUGUCGAUGCUGGGGAAAAAGCCAACAGGAAAGAGACAGAAGAGAAAUACUAAAUGAGGUCAAAGAACUCAGGGAGGUUCUGAGCCAAGGGGACUAGGAGGUGGGGCUGAGGGCUUAGGCCUCUAGUUGAUCUAGGUUUGCACUGUAUUGAUCUGACCUGCUGCUUUGUAAGUAUGCUCAAGACGUCUUCAUGUGUGUAGCUUGUCUCCCCAUUAAACUGCCUGAGGUCUGGAUCUUGUCUUCUCCCUAUAUGGCACCCCGCACCGGCUUCACUUGGUGAUGGUGUUAGCGUUCAUGCUCUUGCUGCUGCCACUGAGCACGAUGUAGGGCGUCUUCUGGGCCAGCUUAGCACCCAUCAGUCAGAGCUCAU